AUCAUCAUCACCUUCAUUCAACAUGCUGUCAUUACACUAUUAUUUACAUUCUCUACUGUUAGUUUCCAUUCUAAGAGGGGUCAGCUGUGAAGAUCUCACUGCAUUACAGAGAGAAGAGUUCAGUCCAGAAGAGAGCUCUGUUACUCUGUCCUACAGAUACUCCAAACAAGCAGCUGGUGGUGAUCAGUUUGACUGGUAUCGACAAUAUCCAGGAAAACCACCAGAGUUCAUCAUCUCUCAUUUAGGAAAUGGAAACAUUAUGAAUAAUCUGAUCCCAGGACUGAAGAUUAAAGUGCAGUCAACCCAAAUCAAUAUGAGCCUCUCCUCUGCUGCAGUGACAGACUCUGCUGUGUUCUACUGUGCUGUGAGGCCCACAGUGACAGGAAACACCAACACUCUGCGGUGCACGUCUUCUGCACUGUGUUCAACCAUCCAGUCAAUAAUAAGUGCUGCUGUGAAGAGAACCAUCCUCACACUGAAUGCUGAACAUCAGCUACUUCCUGCUGCUGAUUUAAACCUUGUUGUAGAGAUGGAACAUUGGCUGUGGAUUAUUCUUGCUGCUCUCUCCUUUGAGUGUAAAGGACAAGACACAGUGACCCAGACAACAGGAGAAGUCAGCGCUACUGAAGGAGACACAGUUACACUUGGCUGCACAUUUAAGACAUCUAAUACAGCCUAUCUGUUCUGGUACAAACAAGAAGUCAAUGGUUACCCAAAGUACAUGUUGAUGCGUUACUUAGAUGUUGGAGUUAAUGCUGCAGAGUUCCAGAAAGACAGAUUUGAUGCUACACUCAACAAGGCAUCAGUUGCUCUGCAGAUCUCCUCUGCUGCAGUGACAGACUCUGCUGUGUACUACUGUGCUCUGAGGCCCACAGUGACAGGAAACACCAACACUCUGUACAAAAACCUCUGGAUGACAGACUCGGCUGUGUACUACUGUGCUGUGAGGCCCACAGUGACAGGAAACACCAACACUCUGUACAAACACCUCUGCAGCUUCUCCCUGAACAUCCACACACUUCAGAUCCCGCCUUUUUCUGAACAACAUCGCCAUCAAGUGGACACCUCGAAGAGUACAUCUUCUCCUCUCAAAGUGACACACAUCCAACCUCUGAGGGAGACUCCAAAGAUGAAGAGCAGUCGGUCCGGCCUGUGCGUCCACCGGCUCCUGAAUGUGGAUGAACUGGUUAAACUGGUCCUGACUAACAUACGAUUCACUGCAGUGUGA